GCAAUAUUCUGUGUUUUAUUCAUUUCAGUUUAAGGCAGGUGAUACUGACAUAGGUCAGCGAGAGGGGGAGUUGAUGGCCGAUCAGUUAUUUUUUUAUAAAAUGUAAACAGCUUAGAAAACUUUGUAUAGGCAAAGGGUUUGUUGUUGCUGUUGAUAAUCAUAAACUGAGUUUUAAGGAAGGACCAUUCUGAUAUUAAGCAUCUUGAUAACCAUCUAUAGCUUAACCAGUUUGCUAGAUCUGUCAGCCUCAUUGUUUCUACAGAUGAUGCCUGCAUGAGGGCUAUUGCAUUCACACAAGUUCACUCUAUGCACUUACCACACUGAGCCUGCUAGGGGGAGACAAUGAACAGAGGGUUGGGUAGUGCAGCUUACUCAAUGAUUUUUGACAAUCACUUUUUACACUUUUUCCAAAUAGAUGACAUCGUCAGGAGGAGAAUGAGUGCAGAUAAUAAGAAGGCCUUGCAUGAGAGGUUUGAAAGGCUGCUUGAGGGAAUAGAGGAGAGAGACAAGAAGAUGCUGAGUGAGAUCUACACUGAGCUCUACAUCACAGAUGGAGUGAGUGAAGAGGUGAACACUCAGCACGAGACUCGGCAGAUAGAGAUCAGAUCCCAGAGAGUGAGGAGAACUGAGACGGCAAUCAGAUGCAAUGACCUCUUUCAUCCCUCUCCUGGACAAGCCUGUGUCCGAACAGUCAUGACACAGGGAAUAGCGGGCAUUGGAAAAACAGUAUCUGUGCAAAAAUUCAUCCUAGACUGGGCCGAAGGUCGAGCUAAUCAGGAUAUAGAUUUCAUCAUUGUGCUUCCAUUCCGGGAACUAAAUUUGGUUCAAGAUGUUCAGUAUAGUCUUCUGAAACUCCUGCUUGACUUUCACCCUGAAUUGAGAACUGAAGUAGAUGCACAAUUCUAUCAUAAAUCCAGGAUCAUAUUUGUCUUUGAUGGCCUGGAUGAAAGCAAACUUCCUCUGAACUUUGAGGAAAACCGUAAUCUGUCUGACAUAACUGAGGCCACCUCUGUGGACAUGCUGGUAACCAACCUCAUCCGAAAGAAGCUUCUGCCCUGUGCAUUAAAAUGGAUAACGUCACGACCAGCAGCAGCCAAUCAGGUUCCCUCUGAGUUCAUAGACAAAUGGACGGAGGUCCGGGGAUUCACUGACCAGCAGAAGGAGAAGUACUUCAAGAAGAGAAUCAAAUGUGAGACUGAAGCAAACAGAAUUGUCUCACAAAUAAAGAAAUCUACAAGUCUGUACAUUAUGUGCCACAUACCGGUUUUCUGCUGGAUUUUGGCCACAGUGAUUCAGAGAAUACAGGAUCAGAGAGGCAACAGAGAACUCCCACAGACUCUGACGGAAGUUUUCAUCCAAUUUCUCAUCAUUCAAAACAACACGAAGAACAUGAAAUAUGGCAAGAAAAAUGAGAAAAGGAAGCUCUUCAUGUCAAAUAAGCUUAUGAUCCUGAAACUAUCUGAACUGGCAUUUAAACAUCUGGAAAAGGGAAAUAUUUUUUUCACAGAGGAGAACUUGGCAGAGUGCAGAAUUGCUGUGAGUGAAGAUCUGGAGAAGUCUGGGAUGUGUACCGAGAUCUUUGCAGAAGAACCUGUGAUUCAGAAGAGAAAGCUGUUCUGCUUUGUGCACCUGAGCAUUCAGGAGUUCCUGGCUGCUCUCUAUGUGUUUCAAUCCUUCUUAGCCAAGAACACGGAUGCAUUGACGUCUUUCCCCAGAAAGGAGGAGACACUGCAUGAUCUGCUAAAGAGUGCAAUCGAUAAAUCCCUGCAGGGUACCAACGGACACCUGGACCUUUUCCUGCGCUUCCUUAUGGGCAUCUCACUGGAGUCCAAUCAGAAUCUCCUACACGACCUGAUGCCCCACACACAUCAGAGCUCAGAGAGCCUGAAGAUUGUAGCUGGGUACAUCAGAAAAAUUAUACGGCAGGACUAUGACUCCACAGAGAGAAGCAUGAACCUUCUACUCUGUCUGCUUGAAGUGAAGGAUAACUCCCUUCAUGAGGAGAUGAAAAAGUACUUGGAAUGGGGGACAGGUCUUUCAGAGGCAGACUGUUCAACAAUAGCCUACAUGCUUCUUAUGUCAGAUGACAUUCUGGAUUUGUUUGACCUUAGGAAGUACAACACAUUUAAUCAGGGUCGUAAGCGACUGGUAAUUGCCGUAAGGAACUGCAAAAAGGCCCAAUUUUCUGGAUGUGGCCUCUCCCUGGGUUCGUGUGAGGUUAUAGCAUCUGCUCUCCAGGUAGAAGACUCACCUGUGCAGGAGCUGGAUCUGAGCUCUAACCCCCUGCUGGACCCAGGGGUACAGGCUCUGUGUGCCGGACUGACCCACACCAACUGCCAGCUGAGGACUCUGAGAAAAAAUUCCAGGGCUUUAGCAUGCCCAUACCUAACAACACCACUGUGUGACGCUGAUGUAAAAUAUGCUGAUUGCAGACUGGCUCAGUGUGGGCUCACAGUGGGAUCAUGUGAGACUCUCACAGCUGCUCUUCAGUCUGAAACAUCUCAACUCAGGGAGCUGGACCUGAGUUACAAUGACCUAGAUGAUCAUGGAAUACAGUUAUUGACUCGUGGUUUGACACAAAAAUACUGCAAACUGGAGGUGCUGAGACUGGCCUUCUGUAAGCUGAGAGAAUCUUUCAGAAAUCUGGCCUCAGUUCUCCAGUCGGGACACUCACAGCUGAGAGAGCUGGACCUCUCCAACAACGACCUGACUGAUGACGGUGCUAUAGAGUUAUCUACAGGCCUGAGCCAUCCACACUGCAGGCUCCGGACACUGAGUCUCUCUGGUUGUCUCAUCACAAAGAGAGGUUGUAGGUUUCUGUCUCUGGCUCUCAAAUCAAACCCCUCCCACCUGAGAGAGCUGGAUCUGAGCUACAACCACCUAGAGGACUCUGGAGUGAGAACUCUCUCUGCACUUCUGAAUCAAGAGUGCAAACUUCUAAAGCUCAAGACUGAUCAUGAUGCACUUUGCUGGUUGAAACCAGGGCUGCUGAAAUGUAAGAAAAUCACUCACCACACACACAGAGUAAACUCAGUUGCCUUGUUGUUUCCUGCAGACAACUGUGAACCCAGGCUGGACCCCAGCACAGCACUCCAGCGUCUCAAUCUGUCUGACGGGAACACAAAGGUGACACUUGAACAAGAAGAAGAUGGUACAGACCCACAGAGCCGACAUUUCAAUGUGCUGUGCAGAGACGGUCUGACUGGACGCCACUACUGGGAGGUUGAAUGGAGUGGACUGGGAGCAUCCAUAGGUGUGACCUACAGAAGUAUCAUCAGGGAAGGAGGUGUCUAUGACUGUAUGUUUGGGGACAGUGACAAGUCCUGGUGUGUGGAAUGUUACGAUACAUAUUUUGGAGCCAGACACAAUGAAAUCGAGACUGACAUCCAUGCACCCCCCUCUGACUCCCAUAAAGUAGGAGUGUAUCUGGACUGGCCGGCCGGCACUCUGUCCUUUUACAGUGUCUCCUCUAACACACUGACCCACUGGUACACAUUCCACACGACAUUCACUGAACCUCUCUACCCAGCUUUUAGCUUUACAUUCAUGUUUUCUCGCUUUUAUGGAAUUUACAUCUCCUCCUCCGUGACCAUCUCUCAGAUCCACACAGACAGAGCCCCCUCACUGCCUUUGCCAGGCUGGAAGGAAGAGGAGGAGGAGGAAGUGGAGAAAGGUCUAUAGUGAGAAGGAUAUUGGGGAUGGGGGGCAGCAAUAGAUCUGGACUGGUAUUCAGGUAGAGAUGGUGGGGCAACAGAUCUGGACUGGUGUUCAGGUAAAGGUGGUGGUGGCCUAACGGCUCGUGUCCAUUAUCGCGCCGCACAUAGCCCAUUGAUUUCCUAUGGAGAGCGGCAAGGCGGGGUUUCCGCUUCCGCAAGGCACCUUGGGAAGGCGGCGCGGCCAUUCAAACAGAGGCGGCGCGUCAAGAAGUUGGGCUUGGCUGCUUUACGCAAAUGAGAGCGGUUAACGCGAGGUGGUUAGCUAAUGAAAGUACAUCUUCGGUAAACAAGUUCUGUCCUUUGCUCUAGUCUUCCGGUCCGGAACAAUAGCCUGCCAGAAAUAUUUGUUUCGCCUGAUAAUCGUGUAGGUUUUAUGAAAAUAUAUUAAGCUAUAUAGUGGCGAAGAAGUUAAGUUUAGAACAAGUUCGCCACUGCACCCUAUCAAAAAGACCUUGUUGGCGACUUGAACCAAGGCAGAAUGUGCUUUGGAGGAACAUGUCAGUGAUAUUUGUGAGUGUUUCAAUAAAAUAUGUUAACAGUAGUAGGCUACCUCCACUUUAGUAGCCUACGUUAGCUGGCAUUGUGUAAUUACA